AUGAGAGUAGUCACUUUGUAUAUUUCGGUGAUAUUUUUAGCUUUUUCAGAAGCUAAAGUGUUGAGUUUAAUGAAAGAUGUUGUUAACAACUGGAAAUCGCAAAAAAAUGUUAGCAACUCCAACGUAGCUGAUAAUUCAUCUUCAGAAAAUUAUUUUGAUAUUCCUAACGAUGAUACAGACUUGAUUAACUUGAACUUGCCGAGAGAAGUUGUUGAAAAUAAAGAUUACAUGCUGGAAGAGGAAUUGAGUGCGAUAGCUGAAAAAAACAAAAGCACUUUACUUCUUGUCAAUGUGAUCUUCAGACAUGGAAAUAGAACAGCAGAAUCGAUGGAUGCAAUAUAUCCCAAUGAUCCCUACCAAUACAUAGAUUUCUAUCCUUUAGGACAUGGACAACUAACCAAUGCUGGAAAAAGCAGAGAAUUUAACGUGGGCAAAAAUUUGAGACAAAGAUACAAUGAUUUUCUUGGAAACUUUUAUUACCCAGAAAUGAUAGACGCCCGUAGUACAGAUACCAAUAGAACAAAGAUGUCUUUACAAUUAGUAUUAGCAGGUUUAUUUCCUCCCGAUGAGAAUGAUGAAUUUGCCAAGCAAAUUGGAUAUUGGCAACCGGUUCCAUAUAACUAUUUACCUUCUAAUCAAGAUAGUUUACUUCUACCUUUGGCCUGUCCAAACUGGUUGGUAGAAACUAAUAACCUAAUGCAAACUGAACCAAUAAAAGCAUCAUUGAAAAAAUAUGAAAAAGUUUUUGAGUACCUCAAACAAAAAACUGGAGGAAAUAUUUCCACAUUUUUCGAUGUAUUUUUGUUGUAUUAUGGACUAAGAACCCAAAAAGAGUUUGGACUUCAAUUACCCGAAUGGACGAAACCAGUGUAUCCAGAAAUUUUGGAAGAAAUGGUCAUCCGCCAAUAUUACGUAUUUGUGGGUAAUUACCAAUUACGUAAAAUGUUCGCAGGAGCCUUACUAAAAAAAAUAAUACACGAUUCUCGAAAAAGACUUUUUGCCAAUGAUGGAAGACUAAGUAAAAAAAUUUAUCUUUACUCCGCUCAUGAAAACAACAUUGCAUCAAUACUCAUUUCUUUGGGUGUUUAUGAGAAUCAAAUUCCAGACUACGGUUCCCAUAUUAUCUUCGAGUUUCAUUUGGUGAAAGGUAUUCCAGGAUUUAAGAUAUUUUUCGAUAAUUGGACGGGAGAAGGACCAAAACUGCUCCAAAUUCCUGGUUGUGGUACUUUCUGUCCUUUACUCAAGUUCAUCCGUUUAAAUGAUAAGGUACUACCACGUGAUGACGAGAAUGCUUGCGGACAAUAA